ACUUGACAUAAUUAUAAGUACAUGUUGCUUGUCUUUCUCUUUAAGAAUGUUUGUAUUAUUCAGGUUCUUGGUAAUGUAUGAUUGCAACAUUACAGUUCAUUUCUCAUCACCAAUCCGCGUUUUAAGAUUUCCGUGUUGAUUUUCUUUCUUUUAUUUGCUGCGACAACAACUACUCAUUACUUUACUAAUCUGCUAAUUAGUCAAUUUUACUUGCUUUCUUGGCUUCCAAUCAGAUCUACAUUUGUCUUUCACUCACAAACAUAAUCCGUACACACACUUUUUCUCUCAUCAUAUCUUUGUGCUUAUUUGACAACCCAUGUUUAGUUGUUUUCAAUUUUAUUUGAUUUUUUAUUUCUAUAUUGUUUAGACACUGGUUUGUUUUGUUCUUGUGGCUUUCUUGGUUCUUGCACAUUUCAAGUUUGGUUUUUCAGGGUUUUAGUUCAAAUGGUUCUUGAAUUAGUGAUUGUAGUGGAAAUUUGAGUUGCCCAGGUGGGAAAAAAGUGAUCUUGACAAGAGGGCUUUUGGGGAUUAAUUUUGGUUUUAGUGAUUGUGAGGUAGUUAUUAUUGGGAUUUUUUUUACAAGGAAUUUAGAAGUGUUUUGGGGUUGUGAGGAUGGGGUCUAGGGUGGAGAGGCAUCAGCAUCAUCAUGAUCUUGUGCCUUUAGCUGCACUUCUUAGUAGAGAGAUGAGGAAUGAGAAAAUGGAGAAGCCUUCUGUGAGAUAUGGAUAUGCAGCUCAAUCUAGGAAAGGGGAGGAUUUCUUUCUUAUGAAGACUGAUUGUCAGCGAGUUUCUGGAAACCCUUCAUCAGUUUUCUCUGUGUUUGCGAUAUUUGAUGGGCACAAUGGCAGUGCUGCGGCAAUAUAUUCACGGGAUCAUUUAUUAAAUCAUGUACUAAAUGCUAUUCCUCGAGGACUUGGACGAGAUGAGUGGCUUCAAGCUUUACCUAGGGCAUUAGUUGCAGGAUUUGUAAAAACAGACAAGGAAUUUCAGAGUCGAGGACUAACUUCUGGAACCACAGUUACAUUUGUUAUAAUAGAUCGAUGGACAGUAACUGUUGCAUCCGUUGGAGAUUCCCGUUGCAUUUUAGAUACCCAGGGAGGCGCUGUGUCUGAAUUGACUGUAGAUCAUAGACUUGAAGAUAACGUUGAUGAAAGAGAGCGUGUAACAGCAAGUGGAGGUGAAGUUGGAAGGCUUAGUAUCUUUGGAGGUGCAGAGAUUGGUCCCCUCCGUUGCUGGCCAGGGGGUUUAUGCCUUUCCAGAUCAAUUGGGGAUAUGGAUGUUGGAGAAUUCAUAGUGCCAAUACCAUAUGUUAAACAAGUGAAAUUAUCAAAUGCUGGAGGGCGGCUUAUUAUAGCAUCUGAUGGUAUCUGGGAUGCGUUAUCUUCGGACAUGGCUGCCAAAUCUUGCCGCGGAUUGCCUGCUGAACUUGCUGCUAAACAAGUUGUUAAGGAAGCAUUAAGGACAAGGGGGCUGAAGGAUGACACAACCUGUAUCGUUGUAGACGUAAUUCCUCCUGAUAAUUCAACACCACCUUCCCCGCCUCCAAAAAAACAGAACAAAUUUAGAGCUCUAUUGUUCAGAAAAAGGUCCCAUGAUUCUGCCAGCAAACUGUCAAGGAAACUAUCAGCUGUUGGUAUUGUAGAGGAGCUUUUUGAAGAGGGUUCGGCAAUGCUCGCUGACAGAUUAGGAAAUGAUGACACCUGCAAUCAAUCAACAACGGGCCUUUUCAUGUGCGCCAUUUGUCAAACUGACCUUGCUGCAAGCGAGGGUAUAUCCGUUCAUGCUGGUUCCAUAUUCUCCACGAGUUCAAAACCUUGGCAAGGUCCUUUCUUGUGUGCUGAUUGUCGUAACAAGAAGGAUGCGAUGGAAGGAAAGAUACCAAGUGGAGUUAAGGUUGUAUAAACCCACUGUUUGUUGGCUGUGAUUGCUUCUCUUAUAUUCAUUCUUCUCGAGUCCCAUAUGUUUCUUAGGCCAGAAAAUUAUUUAAUUUGUAAAAGGUUUCGCACCAAUAUAAAGGUUUCUAUAUUCCCAGACACUGUUAGAAUAUGUUGUAGCUACGACAGUAUGAGUUUCUUGCCAGCUUCUAGUAAAGAUUUAGCCAAAGGCAAGUGCCAAAAGAUA